GACACUUGCGGGCUGCCCCCAGAACAUUCUACGCAAAAGACGCAUUUCACUGUGUGUUUCGAUGUACAUGUGACCAAUAAAGAUCCCUUAUAAUGGCGAACCGGCUCAGCAGUCGUCGUCGGAGCGGCAGGGCCCAAGACAGCGCUGGGCCUUCGUCUUCCCCGAGCGACGGGGGAGAACCCGCACGCUUGAAAAGAUUUCGAUGACGUAGCGCAUACAUCAUUUCCGUUUUCAGAAGGCGAGAACAGCGCGGCUUAAAAGGCCCACACAAGGCAGGUCUCACAUUCAUAUUGGAAUCAUUUGGAGGGAGUCAAUAAAGUAACUCUUUUAUAUGCAGUACAAGGACCUGGGUUCAAUCCUGACCGUGGAUGCUGUUUGUGUGCAUGUUCUCCUUCUGACUGCGAAAUUCCUUCAUCUGAAAAAUGUGCUGAUUAAUCAGAUGAAAAUGAUAAGAUUCUGUGAGAGACAACAUCACAUUGAAAAUAGAAAGUCCUGGAAGGACUGAAGUACUUACCAUCCCAAAUGACUAAUAGGAAUAAAAUUCACAUUUUCCUUGGGGCACCAGCCAUUUUGACACAGCAGAAACCGGCAGCACCUGAAGCAGUAACUGCAGGAAGCUCGAAGAAGUGGCUUCAGUGCCAGUUUUUGUAUGAUACAGGGUCCCUCAUUGCCAAAAGCUACACCACUGAAACCUCUCAGAGAAAUCUUGACUAUCGCAAAGUAACGGUACAAUUGGGAAACCAUACCAGACAGUUUUCUGCUUCAAAAUGUGAAGAAGGAGUCAUAACAGUGUCCCAAGAAUACGCUGCUGAGAGCUUUGUUGCAUCAGGAUUAGAGCAGAGACUAAGUGGCGAGUGUGACCGGUUGUAUGAUAAAAACCUCAGUGCCACAGAGAAAGGAAAACAGAGAGAGUUGAGUAACAGAAGACUGUUGUACUCUGAAGGAGGUCUCAAAACAGAUGAAGAAGAUGCUGGUGAACCCACCAAUGUACUUUGCACAGAAGAAGGUUUCAAGACACCUAAGUUUGACAACAGAAGUACCCAAAACAGAGAAAAUGAGACUGAAUCUGGGGACCCCAACAGUGCAACACUGCAGAAUAGACAGUUGAAAGAAGAUGAUUAUGAGUUACCCCAUGAGUUGCUGAUGGAAUAUCUACAGAAUACCUUUCCAACUGAGGGACAAGAAUGUUGCUUCAGACACACGACAGUGAACCUAAGUUUAUCAACAGAGUCAGAGUUCCUCAGUGUGUUGGCAGCCAGUCAAGCUGCCGUUCUUUUACAGAAAUGUUCAGAAGGUCAGUUCAACUUAAAGACUAAACUGAAAACAGAUGUAACAGACACUGAGAUACCCUUUCAGUUAAAGGCAUCUACCUGUAGUUCUGUUAGGCAUUCUGGACAAUGUGAGAGUGAGAUGGUGUGCAGACAAGCUGAUAGUUCUAGAAGUACCCCAGAGCUACUCAACUCAUUGAGUAACCAGCGAUUGUCCGCCAGUGAAGCUUUGGGUGGAAGGACAUCAGAGGGGUCAGAGCUGCUCUUCAGUCCCACCACUGACUGGUCCGAAGGUGAAGUUGAGAUCAAUAUUGAGCCAUACAGUGGAGGAAUCCUGUGCUCUCAGGCUGUGAACUCUGCCAAGUGGUCUUUAAAAAAUUCAAUGGAAACCACCAAAAAUCCUGAGGAGUUAAAUAAGGAAAUCCAAAAACGUAGAUCUGCAGAUUGCUUACAUAAAGACCCACCAUCACCCAAGAGAAUGAGGACGAUAGAUUACGAGAGAACCUCUCAUCUUGGUCACUAUCUACAAGCAAUGAGGGCACGGUGGUCAACAUCUAGGCUUGGCUUUAUGGAAACAGAGCAGCUUAAGUGUUGUACUGACAAGAAAAGGAAUUACCAUGUUUUAGUCACAGUUCUCUUCCGCUGCCUCCUGAAGGAGAUAGAGAUCAAGUCAGGAUCACUGGCUGGGUGCAGCAGAGUCCCCAUAGCAACUAUUGUGGUAACAGACCAAUCGGGAGUAACCAGGAAGGUCGUGCUCUGGCGAGCUGCUGCAUUCUGGGCACUGGCUACCUUCCCUGGAGACGUUGUUCUACUGACAGAUGUGACUGCGUACUGGGACCACUGGCAAGGAGAGGAGAUGUUGCAGUCCACCAAUAGGAGUAAACUAAUCAAGCUGGGCCCUUGCUUGCAGAUUCAAGCUGCACAGUGGUCACAGACAGUGAAUCCCAUAGCACUGAAGGAGCUUGUUGCAUAUAUUUCCUAUCACCACACCCAUCUCCUGACACUGGGGCCAACAAACCAUCAACAUUCAGACUCCAUGCAAUAUGUCCAACUCUAUAAUCUGCAGCCAGGUCUGGUGGUACAUGCACGGCUUAAAGUAGUCCUCAUCACUGUGCUCACAGAGAACACAUACACCUAUGGUGGGAAGAAGCAACAGAAGAUAAUGCUAACCGUGGAACAGGUCAAAGAUAAACCAGGCACACUGACUCUCUGGGGAAAUGGAAUAUCUUGGCACUCUCGGAUUCAAAAGAAAUUGGACCAUGUCUGGGACUUCAGAAUCCUGCUGGUCUGUCAAAAUCCCAUCACUGGCGACUUGGAACUGCACACCACACCUUGGUCAUCCUGGAAUGCCUGUUUGAUGAUGAUGAGAGGGCUAUUGAGUUCAAAUCUAAAUACCAACCCAGUAAGAUGGCCUGCAUUUAAAGCGAUGGACCUUUCAACACUGUUACAUACCAGGUAUCCAGUGACUGUUGAAUUAAAGACACACAUAAUUGCAAUGCAGUGGAGUACGUCCUCUUCCCUUAAUCCUCUGUUCACGGUGGAUGCCUUCACACCAGCAGAGGUGGUCUUGGCCUCUCUUUCCCAUUUUACAUACUCUGGCUGUGGAUACUGUGGCUGCGAGCUAGGAUUUGAUGAGAAUGGCAUCUACCGGCAGUGUAUUCCUUGCUUACCAAACAGAGCCCUGAAGAUUUAUUACAGGCCCACAGUGCUUACACUAGCAGAUGGAAAUUCCAGUGUAGAUGUUUCUGUCUCAUCCAAACUUAUGGAGAAGAUAUUCCUCAAUAUUCCUCCCACCUGCCUACACAAACCCAUAGGAGUGUUUGACAAGGUGACAUACGGCUUGGUGAUAGCAGACUUGUGCUGCUCCUUGUUUACAUAUCCCGCUGACUGUUACAUAUUGACAGUGCAAAGCCAGCUGCAGCUGGAUGAAAACAGCAUCGCCAUGAAGCGAGAUCUCUACCUGUUGGACUUCCACCCUGACCUGUAACCCACAGCCUGCUUUGAAACCUAAACGGUGAAUUCAUCAUUCCUACAUUCGAGGGAAAGUAGGAUGGGGAUGGUAGGGAGGAAUGGUGGUGGUGAGUUGUUGAGGAUAGGAGAAUAGGUUAGCACGACGCUAUUACAGCGCCAGCGAUCGGGGUUCAAUUCCCGUCGUUGUCUGUAAGGAGUUUGUACGUUCUCCCGUGUCUGCGUGGGUUUCCUCCGGGUGCUCCAGUUUCCUCCCACAUUGCAAGGACGUACGGGUAGGUUAAUUUGGGUUUAAAAUGUGUGGCGCGGACUUGUUGGGCCGGAAGGGCCUGUUACCACGCUGUAAAUAAAAUUUUUAAAAAAUUGACUGCCAUUACACUUUCAAGCCACACUGCAUCCCAGGGAUGUUCCUCAACUGAGAGCUCAGGGAAAGUGAAUUCUCCCUCUAGAAUAAGCCACAGCUUGUUCUAUUCCUGUUAUUCAUUAUUGCGAUGGGAGCAUCACUGGCAUCUAUUUCCCAUCCCUCGUUGCCCUUAAGAAGGUGAUGGUGGACUACCUUCUUAAAUAUCUGCCUUCCAUUUGGACAGUGCUGUUAGGGAGGGAGUUCCAAAACCUUGACCCAACGAUGAUUAAGGAAGGAUGACAUGUAGACCAUGGCUUGGUGGGGAACAAUGAGGUGAUGCCUCUGUCCUGUUCCUUGCUCUGUAGGUGGUGGUGAUCUCAGUUUUGGGAAGCAGUGCUGAAGAAGCCCUGAUAACCCUCUGUAUUGCAUCUGCGCCACAAUAUUGCGACUGUAGUGGAUUCUGAUAGGAAGUAAAUGCUUCUGAACUGCACGAAGAUUCCAAGUUUACUUCAGCCUUUGCUUGCUGCCCUCAAAUUAGUCUUUGCACCUCUGACUUGGCAAAGGACAGAGGUUGGCCAUGCCUGCUAGAAGUUAUGUGGUUACCAAUUCUUCAGGACUCUCCUGUGGAGUCUCCAGGAAUUAAAUCUGAAUAGACUGGAUAUUGUUGCAAAUAACCAAAAAGAAAUGUUAUAAAGGCAUUGAAAUAAACUGUAUUUUUUGUUUCAUUUUAUAUGACCCUUUUUAUUAUUUGUAAAACCUUUGGAUAUGGUGACACAAGAAUUGUUUGACUGACUAGAAUAAUGCAUUUUAAUUAACUAGGCUUCUAUUCACAGUUGACCUGGAAAGGUGUGUGCCUUCCCGAUGAACUCAUCAGGUAGUCGAUGCUGAAACAUUACAUUUGGACAGUUGAAGGUAGUUGGUCAGGUGAAGUGUGUGCAAGGUUUUCAGGAGAGGCAUUUUGUGAUCAAAGUUAUCCUUAGCAGUUUCUUCA